AAAAAGCACGAGGUAUUCAAGGUUCCUGCAUUGAGUGGUUCAAAUAUACAUUUUCAUUAUGCGACCGUCAUAAUAAUGUUCUUUCACAUUGCCAUCUCUUUUUUGAUUGACAGAAAAAGAGAAGAACAGGAUGAGGAGGGAUAAUCAGAGCAGCCUGUCAGAAUUCCUCCUUCUAGGUCUCCCCAUCAGGCCAGAACAGCAGGACAUGUUCUUUGCGCUGUUCCUGGGCAUGUACCUCACCACAGUGCUGGGGAACCUGCUCAUCAUCAUGCUCAUCAGGCUGGACUCUCACCUCCACACCCCCAUGUACUUCUUCCUCAGCCACUUGGCCUUCACUGACAUCUCUUUCUCAUCAGUGAUAGCGCCAAAGAUGCUGAUGAACAUGCGAACACAGAAUCAAUCCAUCUCAUAUGCUGGGUGCAUUUCUCAGGUGUACUUUUACAUAUUCUUUGCUGAUACUGAUAGCUUCCUUCUCACCUCAAUGGCCUAUGAUAGGUACAUGGCUAUUUGUCACCCCCUCCACUAUACCACCAUCAUGAGUCAGAGCCUGUGUUUCUUGCUAGUUAUUGUGUCCUGUGUCUUAUCCUUUGCCAAUGCCCUAUUGCACACUCUGCUCCUGGCCCAUCUGAUGAGGAGGGAUAAUCAGAGCAGCCUGUCGGAAUUCCUCCUUCUAGGGCUUCCCAUCAGGCCGGAACAGCAGGACAUGUUCUUUGCCCUGUUCCUGGGCAUGUACCUCACCACAGUGCUGGGGAACCUACUCAUCAUCCUGCUCAUCAGGCUGGACUCUCGCCUCCACACCCCCAUGUACUUCUUCCUCAGCCACUUGGCCCUCACUGACAUCUCUUUCUCAUCAGUGAUAGCACCAAAGAUGCUGAUGAACAUGCAAACGCAGAAUCAAUCCAUUUCAUAUGCUGGGUGCAUUUCUCAGGUGUACUUUUACAUAUUCUUUGCUGAUAUUGAUAGUUUCCUUCUCACCUCAAUGGCCUAUGAUAGGUACAUGGCUGUUUGUCACCCCCUCCACUAUACCACCAUCAUGAGUCAGAGCCUGUGUUUCUGGCUAGUUAUUGUGUCCUGGGUGUUGUCCUUUGGCAAUGCCCUAUUGCACACCCUGCUCCUGGCCCAUCUGUCCUUCUGUGGAGACAACACUCUUCCUCACUUCUUCUGUGACCUCCCUACCUUACUUAAGCUAUCCAGCUCAGAUACCUCAACCAAUGAGCUAUUUAUUCUUACUGUAGGGGUGGUGGUCAUUACCCUUCCGUUCAUAUGCAUCCUGGUCUCUUAUGGUCACAUUGGUGCCACCAUCCUGAGAGUCACCUCUACCAAGGGGAUCUGCAAAGCCUUGUCCACUUGUGGCUCUCACCUCUCUGUAGUGUCUCUGUACUAUGGAGCAAUUAUUGGAUUGUGUGUUUCCCCCUCAUCCAGUGACUCUAAUAGCAAGGAUGUCAUUGUGGGUGUAUUUUACACCCUGGGCACUCCCAUGCUAAAUCCCUUUAUCUACAGUCUGAGAAAUCAGGACAUGAAAAGAGCUCUGGGAAAUAUACUCAGUAAAGGAAAGUUUUCACCAUAA